GAAACUCAUUUCCUCGUUCCCCCCUGCCCCUUUCUUCCGAUUUUCAUCCAUAACUACCCACAAGUCUAACAACCCAAUAUCAGCUAGCUUCUUCAUCCCCCGUUAACCAUAAAUUAAAUAAAUAUAUCCGGCCGGCCUCAGAUAGCCAUGGUAGUCUUGUCCAAGCCACCGGCCGAACCCAAGUUCGCCGCCGUCAAGACCUGCUGCAAAGCACCCAUGCUUUUCCCGGCACCCGUCCCAAUCAUAGACUUCUCCAAGCCGGACUCCAAACACCUCCUCGUCAAGGCCUGCGAGGAGUACGGCUUCUUCAAGGUCAUCAACCACGGCGUCCCUUCCCAACUCUCAGCCAACCUCGAAUCCGAAGCCCUCCGAUUCUUCUCGUCUCCCCUCUCUGAGAAGCUCAAAGCCGGCGUCCCGCCCAACCCAUUGGGCUACGGCAACAAGAAUGUCGGUUCCUGCGGCGACACCGGCUGGGUCGAAUACCUCCUCCUCUCUCCCCAUCACCCGGAACUCAAUUUCCACAAGCUCUCUUCCGUUUCCGGCAUGUCACCCGAUAAUUUCCGAAGUGCUGUGAAUGAGUAUGUGGAAGCGGUGAAGAGAAUGGCUUGCGAGAUUCUGGAAAUGUUGGCGGAGGGGCUGAUGAUUGAGGACAGGAGAGCGUUGAGCAAGAUGUUGAUGGACGAGCAGAGCGACUCUGUUUUCAGGGUGAACCACUACCCGCCGUGCCCGGAGGCGGGGCAGAACCCGAUCGGGUUCGGGGAGCACACCGACCCGCAGAUCAUAUCGGUUCUGAGAUCCAACGACACGUCGGGGCUUCAAAUAGCGCUCAAGGACGGGAGCUGGAGGUCGGUGCCGCCGGACCAGAAGUCGUUCUUCGUGAACGUGGGGGAUUCGUUGCAGGUGAUGACCAACGGGAGGUUCAAGAGCGUGAGGCACAGGGUGGUGGUGUCCAACGCGGCGAAGUCGAGGCUGUCGAUGAUCUACUUCGGAGGGCCGCCGCUGAGGGAGAAGAUAGCGCCGCUGCCGUCAUUAUUGGUGGAGGGAGACCAAGAUAGUUUGUACAGAGAGUUUACGUGGUGCGAGUACAAGAACUCCGUGUUUAGCUCAAGGCUGGCUGUGAACAGGCUGGUUCGGUUCCAGAAAGUUGCAGCUUCGUGAUCUUUGUGUGUGUGUGUGUUGGUGUAUCGAUUCGUGUAGUCCCCCACACUGUGUUACUCCGUAUCAGGAAACAUGGGCUGUCAAUGUAGAUUCUUGUUUACCGUACCUUCUCAAUUCAUGAUAUUUUUUUAAGUCAAAUUUCCAAUAAAUAAUACUCCGUACUAAAAUAUAUGCCAUUUUUAAUGUAAUAUUUAAAUUUUUUUAUUUUUCAAAUAGUACUUGAAUAAUUUCUAGCCACGAAAACAAUGUCCGAUGAUGGUGGACAUUUAGUCUGAAUAAUGUCUAGUAUCGGUG